AGAAACCAACGACUCGAGUCAUAGUAAUCCCAUGCUUCACGUCGUUUAUGAAAACUGGCGAUCACGAGCCGUCAGCCGUGGACAUUACAUCAUAGCUGCUGGUUCUCCUGAGCAGUCUGCGCCGCAGUCUUUACGCCAGAGAAGAACAGCUGAUACUUGCACGGACGUUUCUCAGCAAGAGACAACGGACCACCGUCAGUCGGAGCUCGAGACUCCCUGUGAUUAAGGUUCAAGACUAUCAUUCCAUUGACAACCAGUAACUGAUUAAACAUGGGCAAAGAAUUUAGAGGUACAAUUGCAGAUCAACCUGACUUUGAUGCGGGCAGUGAUGCAGAGGCCCUCUAUAAUGCCAUGAAAGGCUUUGGAAGUGACAAGGAAGCCAUCUUAGACCUGAUUACCUCGCGAAGCAAUGCUCAGAGGCAGGAGAUCCGUGCUGCCUACAAAUCACAAUAUGGGAAGGAUUUAAUUGAUGAUCUGAAAUACGAGCUGACAGGGAAGUUUGAACGUCUGAUUGUGGGUUUGAUGAGACCUCCAGCCUAUCAUGAUGCCAAAGAAAUCAAGGAUGCCAUUAAGGAUACGGGAGCAGGAACAGAUGAGAAAUGUUUGAUUGAAAUUCUCACUUCAAGAACCAAUGAGCAGAUUCAUAAUCUGGUGGCAGCAUACAAAGAUGCAUAUGGCAGAGACCUUGAAGAGGAUGUUAUAGGGGACACAUCUGGACAUUUUAAGAAGAUGCUGAUUGUUUUGCUUCAGGGGACCAGAGAGGAAGAUGAUGUUGUUAGUGAAGACCUUGUGGAGCAAGAUGCUCAAGACCUGUAUGACGCAGGAGAGGCACAGUGGGGCACAGACGAGGCCAAAUUCAUCAUGCUGCUGGGAAACCGAAGUGUGACCCAUUUGCAGUUGGUAUUUGAUGAAUACCAGAAAAUUGCUGAGAGCUCUAUUGAGGACAGUAUUAAGAGUGAGCUCUCCGGAGACUUUGAAAGACUGAUGUUGGCUGUUGUUCAGUGCAUCAGAAGUAAGCCCAUGUACUUUGCCAAACGCCUUUACAAAUCCAUGAAGGGCCUGGGCACAGCUGAUAACACUCUGAUCCGCAUUAUGGUCUCCCGCUCUGAAAUUGACAUGUUGGACAUCAGAGAGUGCUUCAGACUGCGCUAUGAGAAAUCUCUGUACAAUAUGAUUCAGGAUGAUACAUCUGGCGAGUACAAGCGCACCCUGCUGAACCUGUGUGGAGGAGAUGAUGAUAUUGCAGGGGAGUUCUUCCCAGAGGCUGCACAGAUUGCCUACAAGAUGUGGGAAAUCAGCGCCAUGACCAAAGUCCAGUUAAGAGGAACUGUGCGACCAUAUCAAAAUUUUGACCCCGCAAGUGAUGCUCAAGCUCUGAGAAAAGCAAUGAAGGGAUUUGGAACUGAUGAAGAUACUAUUAUUGACAUUGUGACGCACAGGAGCAAUGCACAGAGACAGGAGAUCAGACAGACCUUUAAAUCUCUUUUGGGACGGGAACUCAUGGCUGACCUAAAAUCAGAACUGUCCAAAAACCUUGAAAGACUCAUCCUGGGUCUCAUGAUGACUCCAGCAGAGUUUGACGCUAAGAUGAUGAAGAAAGCCAUGGAGGGCGCAGGAACCGAUGAACAUUCAUUGAUUGAGAUCCUGGUCACCAGGAGCAACCAGGAGAUUCAGGAGAUGUGCUCUGCCUAUCAGAAUGCCUAUAAAAAAAGUUUGGAGGAUGCCAUCGCAUCAGAUACAUCUGGGAAAUUCAAACGGAUCCUGAUAUCUUUGGCACAGGGAGCCCGUGAGGAGGGUCCAGUAGACAUGGCCAGGGCCUUGGAGGAUGCCCAAGUACUGGCAGAUGCAUGCAAUGCAGACUCCGAUGACAUGGAGGACAAGUUCAUGAGCAUUCUGUGCACGAGGAGUUUUCCUCACCUGAGGAAAGUGUUCCAGGAAUUUGUGAGGUGCAGCAACAAAGAUUUCGAACAGAUCAUAAAGAAGGAGAUGUCAGGAGACUUUAAAAAUGCCAUGUUUGCUAUUGUGCGGAGUGUGAAGAAUCAGCCAUCCUACUUUGCUGACCGAUUGUACAAAGCCAUGAAGGGCCUGGGAACAGACGACAGGGCUCUUAUCCGUAUCAUGGUGUCCCGCUCUGAGAUUGACCUCUUCAACAUCCGCAAAGAGUUCAAAGAAACCCAUGACGCCACUUUGCAUGAAUUCAUCCAGGUAGAAACGCUUGUUGGUGACACAUCAGGAGACUAUCGUAAAACCCUUUUGAUUAUCUGUGGAGGUGAGGAUUAGAACACUGUCCGUUGUCCUGGAUCUGUCACAUGAUCUUCAUGUCUAGUAACCAGUGGACUGUGUUCCCAUUUGUUGUUUGGGAGAUGCUAGUCAACAUACAGUCUUUGUGCCCUCUGCUGCUGCUGCCAUGCCUAUGCCAAAGCUAAUGAGUAAUGACCUAUGCAGAAGCCACACCUUCUCCUAUUUUUUGAAGUCGUGCACUAAAUAAAUUUUUUUAGAGUUAAAAGCACUUUUUAUGGUGUUACCGUACUACUAGUGCUUUAUUUGUUACCCAACAUCCUGUUUAAAUUGAUCACCCCAGAAAUAAAAGACGCGAUCGUGUUUCAGUUUGUGUUGUUAAAUGGUCACCAAUGUUGUUGUUUUUUAAUACCAAAAGUUGCUUCAAAUCUAGUACAAAAUGUGGUGAUAUGCUUCUGAACACAGUACCAUGUUUAUCAUACAAAAGUCAACAAAUAAAAUUAAUUACUAUAGGUGCGGUCACAAUUUAUGUUGCUCAGCGAGUUUUCAUAGGUGAAAUCCAGUCAUUUCCACAUGAUUAGGAAUUUCGGUUCAGGGUAAAAUAUUCCCACACGCAGAUUUUGCAACAGGUUUAAGUUGGUCACUUACACUGUUGACAAUAGACAAUGGACCUUGUGACCACACCUUUAGUAUUUUCAUGAAUUGCAUAUGUUCAUCGAUUUGCACAAUUAUUAUUAUGAUAUACUCUAUAGGCUGAAUAGGAAAACUGACAAUUUAGUUUUUUAAGGCCCAUUCACUCCAUGGAUGAUAAAUAUAAAAAUAAAGAUGUAGUUAAAAAAAUUGUUCUGAAUUUUAAAAGAAUAAAGUUAAGUCCACACCACAACUAAAUGAUAACGGCACAGAGGAAAGAUAUAGUUGGAAUCACUUUCAGAAUGAUUUUUCUCCCCAGCUGAUGAACACUACAAACUUUGACAGCCAAUCAGAAUCUAUCCUGCUUUCUCGAACAUUUAAUGCAACGGAACGUUGUGGACACUAAUUUAGUUAACGUUAUAGUUAUCGUUUUUGGUGUGAACAGGCAUUUAAUGAUGUAGCAGCCAAUAUUUCCCAAAACAAACUGUUGUUAGUUCAGAUCAAGUUUAUGCCCACUUAAGGAAAAAUCUUAUUUUUAUGUAGAAUGGGUCAUGUAUUCUUUUAUUCUGUGUAGUUAGUGCAGGUGACAAAUUAAUUUUCAGUUGACAACAGAAGAUACAGGAAAAACGUUCCUACUUUUUAAAAGCUGGACAGUUUUGCUCUUCUACCUGUGCUUGAUUAUAUAAGUAGUUGCAUUUAAUUAUUUGCAUUUGACAUAGAUUUUCUACUGAUGUUCGUGACCCUUUGAUCCAAAAAAAUGGAAACCACUGGCCUAAAACAUCAAGUAUUUCUUUCAGCAGAGGAUGCUUUUCACGUCCUUAUUUUCAUUAGUGGUCUGAAUAGCUGAUUCGCCCAGAUCAGUCAUUAACUUUAUUUACAUUACAGAUGCACCACAUUAGGAAAUUCCCUCCUGUUGUAAUCUAUGUAACUCUGUUCUUAAUAGGAAAUAUCUGGUAAUAAAUUGCAGAUGGUAAAUGUGAUAUUUGAUGUUCGGUAGAUUUGAUUUACUUUUCAAAAGAUAAAUCAUGCAUUAUGAUGUUGAUUAAAAAAGUAAAAUGAUGUUCUAAAAAUGAAGAGAAAAUACAGGGCUUGAUAGUACUUGCUGAACCUUAGUGUCUGCCCUAAA